GCCGUGAGCUGAAAGAGCCACUGGGUGAGCUCAAGCGGACACGGUCUUCCAAUGUAGGACAACGGUAGCAUUACACCACACACAAUAUUUCUGAGGUCAUUUCCACUUCCUUCCACCAGUAGCUGAGCGAGAGAUCCUCCGUCGCUCAUCGCGAUCCCUGGAGGGUAGAUCUCUGUGAUGAGAGAAGCUUCACGGACGAAAAAAGGCCGGCCGGAGUUGAGAGAAGAGGGAGAGGGGAAUAGAGAGGCAUCAUUUGGAAAAGUCGUAGAGUUUCCCUCCGCGAGGAGACCGUCGAUGUCCGGUAGAGUGCUCUCAUAGCUCAUUUUCUGGGCUUCCAAUUUCUCCUCCUCGCUUUUUGCAAUUCCCUGGAUCCCAUUGCGAGAUCGUAGCUCCUCCAGCUUUUUCUCCAUGUCUGUCUUCUCUUUCAGAGUCCGGGCAAGUUUCUUCACCCUGUUUGCCGUCUUCUUGCUCUCACUCGUCCCGCUGCUGCUCUCCAUUUUGACCGGAGAUAGGUAACUCAGGCCGUCCACCAUUGCCCGAACGCCGAAAGUAGCAGUUUUGAACAAACGAUCCCUGACAGCGUUGGAAAUAGCUACUGGCUUCUCCUGAAGCGGCGAGCUAAUAGUAGUAGCAGCAGUUGAGCUGCUUCUGGCAGGAGAAGACGCACAAAGGGGAUUUUCAAGGGCACCAAGACCAACGCGUGAGCUCGAGCCGCCAUUAGAGGGAUUUGGGAGGUGCGGCUUGGGCUCUGCAGCUGCUUCGAGUUUUGGUUUCUUGGGAGUUCCCACUUUGAUGUCGGGGAGGUCAGAGUCUCCCUCGUCCUCGCUCCCGCUCUCAAGAGGUGGUGUGUUAGUAGGAGAAAACAUGGCUGUUGAGCAAGAACAACCCGUAUACUCUUAGUAUCCGGAAAGCACGUGUUGGGGUUGGUGCGCUUCAAAUAGAGCAACUUGUUGUGACGCGUCUGGCGUUUUCUCUGCAUCUAGCAAGAUGAGCACGGGAAUGAACUACGCCAGGAGAAUGGCUCGAGUACGAGCCAGAAUCUUCGGUGAACUAGCUAAAAAGACGAGCAAAGAGGAUUACAGAGUGGUGAGCAUGUUUUCGAAGCGGCCGUGGCAGAGAGACCUGCCGUCCUGGUACCCGCCAAUCUCCCAGUUCAACACCAUUCUCUUGAGGCUGCGGAAUCUUGGGCUCUACACUGAUGAGCAUUUGGAUUUCAUUGAGAAGAUGGAUGCCAACAGGAAAGCUCGCGGAAAAGCCACCCCAAAGAAAGUCAGUCAGUCAGCUGGUCUGUCAGUGCACCUGAGAUUCAGAGGGAAUGUGGGGCUGGUGAUGGAGAACGAGAGACUGCGUCGAAAGCAUCGCAAGGUCCAGCACCGCAGAGACCACUAUGCCAGGCUCUACUACCGCUGCCAGGCCGACUUCGACGAGAAGAAAUGGGAGUUACACUACGCUCGGAUCAAAAUCUCUGAGCUCAAAGAACAGCUUGCUGCCCUCACCCUUCCUCACGCGGCCAAGCAAGACCAGCUAACCCCCACCUCCACUCGCAGUGACAUUGGCCUUUAUCUGGCACCCAGAUCCCGUCCUCACCACGUCACCGAGUCACAUCAUCACCCAGGGCACAGUCACACUCUCCACCCGCAUAAAAAACAGCAGCACGCCUACACAGACAACCCGCCUUCCAAGCUAACCAUCCCAAAUUCCAUCCCGGCUCGUCCUGAUCACAUUCCACACCGUAGGUCCGAGUCCGACUCCACCAGUCCCGAUUCCGGAGCCUCAUUCUCUCCCAGACUUGGAACAGGAAGCUUGGGAGUGGACCCUCUUCCUCGCUCCCACCCUCCAUCUUCAUUCCAUCACACUCAAGCAGAAGUCCUGCGGUCUUCAAAGUCGAAGUCCCUCCCGCGCUCUAUGCGCUUGCACCAAGAAGAUGAGCCAGAAAAUGGCGUUGGUCGACAUAUGAGCGACUAUCCAAGUGAUGAAGAAGAAAAGGAAAUAGGCGAGGGUCUGGGGAGGGUUGGUGGAGACAAGAGGCAGACAGAGGGAGCAGACUGGGUGACAUGGGUCCAGCAGAGAAAACUUUCGCCUCAAUUUGAUGAGGAACAUGGCGCUUCUUCUCACACUCGCAGCAACCACCAACGGCAUCACCAGCCUAGUGGUAGCUGGAGAGAGGAAAAGAACGGGGAGAGUGGCGAUGUGAACCAGGUCAGUGAUGACAGCGUGGCCACCCCGAGCUCCCCGGUUCAGUUCAAGAGCACGACUCCUCCACCCUCAAUCGCAUCCCCUCAUGCCAGACACCCUUCAUUUGAACAGCGGCUCCCACUUUCCCAGGGAUUCUCAUUAUCACAGGGUGCGUCCCUCUCCACAAUCCCCCUCUCGCCUUCCCUCAUGCACCCGCAAAAGGUGGGUCAAAAGAGAAGCGGAGCACACCCUCAUGUACACUUCUCCCUCUCACAAGAGGCCUACAUGUCUUCCCCACUGUACAUCCGCAAGCCAAUUUUCAAGGGAUCGAUCGGCGUACCCUCAUCGUCCCGGCCAACUAGAACUCGCACAAUAUCCGAGGGCCGCGGGGAUUUUCAGUCCCCAUAUCCGCAUGAUGUCGCCACCUCAUCUCCACCACAUGACCAAGACACAGAGACUUCUGACUCAGAACUGGAACCCGCGCUGACACAAUCCCAUCCCCAGUCGGCAUUCCGUAAGCCGUUUCCUCAGCCGGUGUAUCGGCAGUUGUCUCAACCAGCUCGCCUUGUGCCUCCUGUGCACUACAAGAUGCCCGAUCCCACCCGCAGUGCGACAGAGUCGACUCACCCUCGCUCCCCUCCCUCCCACCGUCUCCCACAUCACUCCCUACCUCAGCAGUUUCCUCCCCCUCUUCCACUCUCCUAUCGCCUCCCUCAUCCUCAUCCUUCCAGCCGACUACACCCCCCUCCCCCUCCACCCACCUCCCACCCUCCCAGUCUUCCCUCAUCUCACACUCUCACGCAUCCACACUCAACCGAUGACACUCGUCACCACCCAUCUUCACCGAGCUCAGUGGGCGUGACAAACCCAGGUACUGGUGUGGACAGAGUCCCACAGAGAAUCACCACAGCAGCCAGAAGUCACGCCACAAAGGAAAACCCAGCACAACACGAGGAAGAAGAAGAGGAAGACACAGAGGACGAGGAGACAGAUGGAGGUGAAGAGGGAUGUUACGAGGGACUCACUUUUGAACAGCUGUUCAAUCUCACUCUCAAAAUCUCCGACCCCAAAUGCACCAUCACGAAAUUGGAGAUAGCCGACAGUGAUCUGGGGGACAAGGCAGCCAUGCUUCAGUUGUGUAAAGGUCUCCAUCAGAACACCAGUCUCAGAGAGCUCAGUCUUCCGAACAACAACAUCGGUGCCGAGAGUCUGGGCGUCCUCUUGCAACACAUCCAGCACUGUACAAACAUACAGGAGCUCAAACUUCGGGGAAACAACAUUGGGAAGGGAUGCGCCACUCUAAUCAAGGCCCUGAUGGAACAGACCAGCUUGAACUCUCUUAUACUGACUGGUAAUGAGAUUGAGAAACACGGAGACCUAUUACACAGAGCACUACCAAGUGACUUCACAAUGGAAUACGACACGGCAGAAGGCAGCGUUGACAGCGGAGUUGUGGUGGCAGAAAAUGAACACUUCAACAACAGCACUACUUCCCUCAAGUACUUACACGUCUGACACCUGUCGAAAAAAUUAUCUCCUAAUGAUCGUGAUUAAUUCAUGUUAUAUACUCCCACACGUGUGUCGAUUAAAUUUCUCCGUGGUAUAUGUCAAUUUACACCCGUGACAUAAAAAUUAUCAAUUUAUGGUGAGCAAAAUGCGCGGCUUUCAAAGAUGCACACGUGAUUUGCAUGCAAAAGGACAGAAAGGCAGAGUCAGUCACCGUGUACAUAAUUCAAUUAAGAAUAG